GAAGCACUCCCUAGCUCUCAUUAGUCAUACACUCAGUUAACACAAACAAUAUCUUUUUCUCUCUCUUGCCAUAUACCUAUGGCUGCAUCUGCAAAAUUCAUCUCUUUUCUCUUCAUCCUAACCCUCUCCUUCUUUGUGCAAAUUCAUGCUAGAGAAAGCCAGUUCUUCAGCAAGGUCACAAACGUUAACAACGAUGCCAAAGAGACCACCACAGUUGACCCCAACAAAGAAGAAUUUUUAACCAAGCAUGAGCAGCAGCCAGUCUUCAUCCCCCAGACCCAAAAUGGCUAUGGUCUCUAUGGCCAUGAGUCUGGCCAGUUCCCUCCUACCACCACCACCCCCACCCCAACCACCACCACUUCACUAACCAAUGUCAAUGCUGCACCUUACACCACCACCCCCACCACCACCACCAACAAUAAUGCCCCAUUCAAAACAGUGUUUGAAGAUGAUGAAUCUCUCAACAAGUACCUCAACUCCAACCAGAACUACAACUACAACCCCAACCCCAACCCCAACAACAACAACAACAACAACCAAAACAACGAAUUUUACUACAACAACAAUGCUUACCAUGCCAGCCAAAAUGGUCUGAGGGAUUCAAGGCUUACUCAGAGAGAAGGCUACACCACUUUGGCCAACCAGAACAACUACAACAACAACAAUGGUGCCAACAGUUACAAUAAUGCUGAGAGGCAAGGCAUGAGUGACACGAGGUUUUUGGAGAAUGGGAAGUACUACUACGACGUUAACUUAGAGAAUAACUACAAUCCAAACCGUUAUGAGAACUCUAGAGGAGUGGAUUCAAGAAAUUGGAACAAUAACAACAACAACAACAACAACAGGGGUUAUUAUGGCAGCAACAACAAUCAGAACACUUUUGAGUACAACAACUCCAUGGAAGGGUACCAAAAUGAGGAAGAGUUCCAAGAGAGCCAAGAUGAGUUCGUGCCAUGAUGAGUUUGGCUUGACAAUUAUUAAUUAAGUGCAAAAGAAUGAGAUUGGUGUUUGAUAGUAUUAUUUAAUCAUAUAUGGUUUAGUUGGUGAAAAAAAAGCUGAAGUAUAGUUUUUAUUUAAGCAUGGUUUUUAUUGUUAAUUUGUAAUCUUGUCUCUGGGUUUGCAAUUGCAAAGUUCUUCAUGCUAAUCGGUACUGGUUAUGAAAGUUAAUAAAAUGUAUACGCAAUAUGGUCGUUGUUGCUUCA